UCGGCUCCGCCUCUUAUUCUCGAGAAAGCUCAUCUUGCUUCUCACAUCUAAACAAAUAUCUCAUCUCUUCUAUUCUACUUUAUCACUUCAUCUCCGUACGCUCUUCUUUCUUCGUUGCUUCUUCUUUUGAUUUAUAAAUUGGAUCCAAAACAUCAUAGGCUCUCGUCAUCCUUACAUACAAGCAUUGUUACUUUGUGAUAUAAAGAACGAAGAAUUGUACGAAGGCAACGAGCAAGAUGAGUAGCAAGGCGAAUGAGGUUUAAAAGAGUAGCAAGGCGAAUGAAGUUGAAAGGAGGAAGAUGAAUAGCACGGCCAAUGACGAUGAAAGGAUGAAUAGGAUCAUCAGAGAUGGCCGUCGUCGUUACGUCACCUGGAGCCGCAGCCGCAACCCUUCGGCAGCUCAUAUCUUUUGGUCAAAACCCUAAUAUUUUCUAGGGUUGGGCUAUUAGUUUUUGUUUUGGGCUUUUUUGAAUUGUAUUUUGGGCUUUUUAUUAAUUUGUAGUGGGUAAUUU